GAUCCUGAUUUUGAGGGGGAUGCAUCUUUUCUAAUUCCUCCCCUGGCAACAGUAAGAUCCAUCAGUUACCAGUCUUAAACAGAGACUAGAGAACUAGAAAAUCUGUAGAACAAAUAAUUGUUGUUUCUGGAAUAAGAAUCUAUCAAAGAAUCCUCACUAAUGUCCCUUCGCUUCUCCAUCCCUGAAGUCCUCAAUUCCACAAUUUCGAAGAGAGAGAGAGAGAGAGAGAGAGAGAGAGAGAGAAAGAGAAAGAAGAAGAAGAAGGAAUCAGUACAAGGAUAACCAAGAAUGUGGGAAAAAGUACAAUAUUGUGGGUUAGAGAAGCUGAGUGACAUACAGUGCCAACCUGAGUCACAGUUAAAGUUCAUCACUGAAGCCUGGUUACAGAUAGUUGAAUGUAGGAGAGUUCUGAAAUGGACGUAUGCCUAUGGAUAUUAUUUACCAGAGCAUGAACAUGCAAAAAGACAGUUCUUUGAAUACUUGCAAGGUGAAGCUGAGUCUGGUUUGGAACGACUUCAUCAAUGUGCAGAGAAGGAGCUACAAGUUUACCUCAAUGCAGAGGGUCCAUCAAAAGAUUUCAAUGAAUUCCGCACUAAACUUGCUGGGCUAACAAGUGUGACCCGAAACUACUUUGAGAAUUUAGUCCGAGCUCUUGAGAAUGGCCUGUCAGAUGUGGACUCGCAUGGUAACUGCAGCAGGACAGGGAGCUCAAAGAGCGUGGGAGGUGGAACCAGCAAGGGAAGAGGUGGGAAAGGCAAAGGUUCAUCAUCCAGGUCCGGUGGUUCCAGCAGAAACAUUGAUGAUUCAAGCCAUUGGUCCUGUGAACACUGCACCUUUGCAAAUAUAAGGUUAGCCACUGUUUGUCAGAUGUGCCAGCAACGUCGGUAGAUCUCACUGCCGAUGCAAAUUUAUCCUCCACGAUUGAAAGUCGUAAACUUUGCCUCCUGAUAUCUGGUAAUGAUGGCCAGAACCCGUAGACUAUCAAUCCAGGAAAGAAGCUUCGACCUUUCCACUCGAGAAAUCCCAACUUGCGAUACUACAGCAGUGUGGAUUUGGGAAGGAAAGGUGGGUGAGGGGAAUAAAGAACCCACUGCUAAAGAUAUUGCACUGUUGCAAUAUGAGCUGUAUAUAUUUCCUUUCUCCAUCCCCCGACUUGUAUCACAUGCCAAGGGCCAUGUCCAUAUUAUUAAUAUGUAAUGUAAUCUUAUUAUGAUUAUUUAUUUUUGCUGCAAAUUAUGUUUGUGGCAAGGUCGAGUCUUUCAAGUGGAUUGUAGUGAAUACUAUUUGUUAUGGUAGGCUGCACUGGCCCCAGUAAAAAUGAAAUAAGAAA